ACAAGAACUGGUUGCAAGAUGACAGGGCCAUCCGACACCGCUCCGGAGCCGACGGCUGCCGCUGUUGCCCCCACCGCUGCAGAAUUGCUUGCGAACGACCGCGCAGUAUUGGAUUUUGCGAGCGAAGAUGAAGAAACUGAGGAAGGAGAUGACGAAGAAGGAGAAGAAGUCGACGAAGAACGACCGGCCAAGCGCCAACGCCAAGACCCUCCAGCAAAAGACACGUCCCGUCAAAUCGAGAUCCCUCGCAAAGCAACGUUUACUCGCGCAGACAAGAUCAACAACUCGAUCAUGCGAGUCACUGGGAACAGCGUCGACGGAGGUUUUUCCAUGUUCAACACGUCGUCGUCCAUCCCUAUGAUGACUGUGUACAAAAAAGAAAUUGCUGCCGCGCGCAAGCUCCUGACUGCCAAGAAGCCCCAAGAGGCGUUUUGUAUUGCCAUGGCAACGUAUCUGAGCAUGCAGGACUAUGACGUGUGGUACCAUGACACGGAAGACCAUCGUGGUGUCGAAACGCUGUUCACAUCGUUCUACAAGUUGUGGAACGACAUCUUCAAAUCCGACGACGACACCAUUGGCCUGAAAGGCCGCGACGUUUUGAUCGGUGAGCUGAGCAAGUUUGGCAAGAGGGCGAAGGAUGAUCACAACUACGACUUUCCUUGGUUUGCAUAGGCAGGGUAAUGCACUCGAAUGUCCACAUUGAGACCACCAUGACUGAGCAUUCUUA